UCAGAAACUGCGGACAGAAAACAGGUAAAAAAAAUUCUGAACUAAUGGACUGCAGACACAGUACAGGAGAUGACCAGAGACUGCGGACAGUACAGGGGACUGACCAGAGACUGCGGGACAGUACAGGGGAUGACCAGAGACUGCGGACAGUACAGGGGAUGACCAGAGAGAGACUGCGGACAGUACAGGGGAUGACCAGAGACUGACAGUGCGGACAGUACAGGGGAUGACCAGAGACUGCGGACAUACACAGGGGAUGACCAGAGACUGCGGACAGUACAGGGGAUGACCAGAGACUGCGGACAGUACAGGGGAUGACCAGAGACUGCGGACAGUACAGGGGAUGGCCAGAG